GAUUGUAUUUCAUUAAUUCACUUAAGUUUUAUUGUAUUGUUUUGCGCUGUUUGUUCAAUUCAAUAUUUCCUAUUUUUGUUUUGUACUAUAUACCAUUUUAUCAUCGCGUGUACCUGUUUAUCGUGUUAUAACAGCGAUCGACAGUUUGGCUGCAUCAAAAUAACAUUAGUUUUUGCCAUAUAAAAACUAUAAUAAUGCCGCUGGAUUUCCAUGCAAUCAAGAAUCAGUUCAAGCAGACAUGGCUGACUACUCUCUUGAGUUUAGUUCUUUUUGCAGGUGUUACAUACUUCCUUUUAUGGGCAGAGAGCCACACUAUCCAAAGCAGUUUGAUGCUGGAGGAGCUGGUCUCAUCAGCUGAGAGCAUUGAUGUUCACACCGCUAAUGAUGCAGCACGGUACGAGGGUAGAGUAGUUCAUGUCAUUGGGCCUUUGCGGGUGUUGGAGCCCAUAUCGGAGCCCGACUACAACAUCCAAGUUCAAGCGGUGAAACUAAGGAAAAGGGUUCAAAUGUAUCAAUGGAUAGAAGAGGCCACGGAACAAGAUAACUUCCUUAGUGAGCCUGCAGAGGAGUCUCAGAAAACAUACUGGUAUCACAAAGACUGGAGAGACUUUGUUGUUGACUCCAACCUGUUCUACAUAAGGCCAGGCCAUCAGAAUCCAACUUCAAUGCCGCUGUUCAGUGAGACACACAUUGCUGAAAAUGUCAAAAUUGGCUGGUUAUCCUUAGGCGUAGAUGUGAAGAGAAAAGUGAACGACUACUACGAGAUCUGGUCGGACUCGCGGCCCGACCGCGGCGACAUCAAGCUGCACUCGGGCUUCUAUUACCACGGCGAGAGCGCACUCCAUCACGAGGUGGGGGACCUGCGAGUGCACUUCUCCUACGCUGGCCGGGAGGACGACAUUUACACAGCGGUCGGUAUAGUGGAGAACGGCGUGCUUCAGUCCUACAGCCCGGCGGGGUUCCCCACGGCCGACCCCAUCUCCGUGCUCCGCAAGGGCUCGUUCAGCCUCAAGCAGCUGCAUGAGCUGGAGAGCCGCGCGGCCAAUGCCAACACUUGGAAGUACCGCGCGCUCGGCUUCGUCCAGGUCUUCGCUUCUGCCAUGACGCUGCACCCGGACUGGGUCACUUUGUUCCUGCAGUGGGCGUGGAUCUCGAGCAGCCUGCGCCGCUGCACGCGCGUGUGGGUCAACCUGGUGCUGUCCUUCUCCUACACGCUGCUCGUCACUUCGAUCCCAUGGUUAGUGCAUAAACCUUCAUUUGGGGCUAUCAUGCUUGGUGGAGCCAUGCUUCCGAUACUACACUACUCCACGCUGCUUACCCGCCGCCCUUAAGGUCAAGCAAAGCUGACCAUAGAAAACAAAUUAGUACAUGGACUUGUCAUGAUUCGAAAAACUUCACAGGGAAUGUGUAAGGGCAGUGGGACUCCGGCUGGUUAGUUGAAGUUGAUAUUGAAACAUAUUGUUUCACCUUACCAUAAUAUUGGUAUAUGAGUGUGGGGACAAAGGGAGCGUAUUUACACAUACUGUAGCAUAAAUACCCAUUUUAUCACCUAUGUACUAUCGAACCAACUGAUUCAUGAUUCAUGACCCUCUUAGCAGGUAAUUCGUUUGAAACUUUCAAACCUGUAAGGUCCGCUUAUGAGUUAUGAUGCACUUAGGUCAAGUGAUAACAAGUUCGUCACCAAGGAAACCCUAUCUUCAAGCGAAUUUCGAUCUACUUGACGGUUUGGCAAAAUGAGGUUAUGGUGGGUCAUGAUUCAGUUGGUUCGAUUGUAUAUUGACGUUUGCCCCACGCGGUGAUAAGUUAAAUUGUUUUAAGCAACUACAUGUUGAGGUAUAUGGCACUUAAUUAUAUCUCAGGAGUUCAUAAAACUAAA